UGUUCUAUAAACUCUCCCACUUCCGUAUGUUUUGCGCCCGAUGAUGGCGGAGAUGAUCCCACCUCUCCACCUUCUGCUGCUGCUAUUUCUAACUUUCCAUUUUUCAUCCUCGAUCGAGUACGCUGCAUCGGAAAUCAUCUUCGAAGAGAGAUUCGACGAUGGUUGGGAGAGCCGUUGGGUUAAGUCAGACUGGAAAAGGAGCGAAGGGAAAGCCGGAUCAUUUAAGCACACUGCAGGAAAAUGGGCUGGUGCUCCAGAUGAUAAAGAACAUGCUUCUUGCUGGGGGAGUGCAGGUAUCCAAACAUAUCCUGAUGCCAGGCAUUUUGCCAUAACUGCAAAGAUACCAGAGUUCAGUAACAAGAACAGAACUCUGGUAGUCCAGUAUUCUAUAAAAUUCGAGCAGGACAUUGAAUGUGGAGGUGGUUACAUAAAGCUUCUGUCUGGUUAUGUUAAUCAGAAGAAAUUUGGCGGCGAUACUCCCUACAGUUUAAUGUUCGGUCCGGAUAUAUGCGGAACACAGACAAAGAAGCUCCAUGUCAUACUUUCCUACCAGGGGCAGAACUAUCCUAUCAAGAAGGAUUUGCAAUGCGAAACAGACAAGCUAACACACGUAUACACAUUUGUUCUUAGGCCUGAUGCUAGUUAUAGUGUUUUGGUUGACAAUCGAGAGAGAGAAUCAGGAAGCAUGUACACCGAUUGGGAUAUUCUUCCUCCUCGUAAAAUCAAAGAUAUCCAUGCGAAAAAGCCCAAAGACUGGGAUGAUAGGGAGUAUAUUGAUGACCCUAAUGAUGUCAAGCCAGAGGGACAUGACUCAAUUCCAGCUGAAAUUCCUGAUCCAAAGGCUAAAGAGCCUGACUCAUGGGAUGAAGAUGAAGACGGAAUAUGGAAACCGCCAAAGAUACCAAAUCCAAAGUACAAGGGACCAUGGAAGCCCAAGAGGAUCAAGAAUCCAAACUAUAAGGGUAAAUGGAAGAUUCCAUGGAUUGAUAACCCAGAGUUUGAAGAUGACCCUGACCUUUACGUGCUGAAGCCACUGAAAUAUGUAGGCAUUGAAGUUUGGCAGGUGAAGGCUGGGUCAGUUUUUGACAACAUUCUGAUUUGUGAUGAUCCAGAGUAUGCAAAACAGGUUGUGGAGGAUACAUGGGCCAAAAAUAAAGAGGCUGAGAAAGAAGCCUUUGAGGAAGCAGAGAAAGUAAGGCGAGCUAAAGAAGACGAGGAAGCUCGUCAGGCAAGAGAAGAAGGGGAACAAAGGAGAAAGGAGAGGGGCCAUGACCGGCGGUACCAAGAUAGGGAACGCUACAAGAAGAAAUACCAAAGGCACGAUCGCUACCUUGACGAUUACCAUGAUGAACUCUGAGGAGCUGUGCAGCUACAGUAGUUGUAUUCUGUUUUGUUUGAUUUGCAGAAUUUUCUAGCUCCAAUGAAUAAUCAGCAUUUUGCUCUGAUGAAAUAGAACUCUGCCACUAUUAGACUGUUCCAUGAUGUUGUUGUAUCCUAUCAUAGUCAGAGGACUCGAAUGAAUGAGCUGCCACAUAAUAGACCUUUAAGACCCAUUCCAUGCCUGUCUGGAUUUGACUCACCUAACCCAUAACAAUGUUGAGUAAGCCUCGUGUUGGGGAUUAGUGAUGGAGAAGUCCCUUUUCUUGACAUUUUCA